AUGUCUUCCUCUGUAGCCCUCCGCCACGCCCGCCGCCUAUCAACAGCCGCCGCUGCUGCAGCCACCACAACAGCCAGCAUUACCAUCUCCAAAGCCAAAGCUAAGCUCAAAUUCGAGUACGACCCUGACAAAGCCCUAGAAAUCUACUCCUCCGUCUCCAAUCACUAUUCUUCCCCAAUCUCUUCUCGCUACGUCCAAGACCUCACCGUUAAACGCCUUGCAAAGGCCCACCGCUUCACCGAGAUCGAAACACUCAUUGAAUCCCACAAAAAUGAUCCCAAAAUCACCGAAGAACCCUUCCUUUCCACCCUCAUUCGAUCAUAUGGCCGCGUUGGCAUGUUUGAUCACGCCCUCAAAAUCUAUAAUGAAAUGGACGAUCUGGGUACACCCAGAUCAGCAAUUUCCUUCAAUGCCCUUUUAUCAGCUGGUAAUCAAUCAAAGCUCUCCGAUCAAGUACCCACACUGUUCGACGAAAUUCCCCAAAAGUACGGGUUUUUACCGGAUAAAAUAUCGUACGGGAUUUUAGUUAAGUCGUACUGUGAUUCGGGUUCGCUUGAUUUGGCUAUGGAAACAUUGAAAACCAUGGGGGAAAAAGAGAUUGAAAUAACGUAUAUUUCUUACACUACGGUGAUGGAUGCAUUGUAUAAGAUAGGGAGGACGGAGGACGCUGAGAGAAUUUGGAAUGAGAUGGUUCAAAAAGGGUGUCCACUGGAUGUUGGGGCGUAUAAUGUUCGGAUAAUGAAUUCACCCGGUGGUGAUCCAGAGACUGUGAAGGGGUUGAUUGAGGAAAUGAGCAAUACAGGGUUGAAACCAGAUGCCAUCAGNAUUUGGAAUGAGAUGGUUCAAAAAGGGUGUCCACUGGAUGUUGGGGCGUAUAAUGUUCGGAUAAUGAAUUCACACGGUGGUGAUCCAGAGACUGUGAAGGGGUUGAUUGAGGAAAUGAGCAAUACAGGGUUGAAACCAGAUGCCAUCACUUAUAAUUAUUUGAUGACUUGUUAUUUUAGGACUGGAAGAUUGGAUGAGGCAAAGAAGGUUUACGAGGGAUUGGAAAAACAUGGGUGUCAUCCAAAUGCAGCGACUUUUAGAACUUUUAUGACUGGAAGAUUGGAUGAGGCAAAGAAGGUUUACGAGGGAUUGGAAAAACAUGGGUGUCAUCCAAAUGCAGCGACUUUUAGGACUUUUAUGUAUUAUUUGUGUAGGAAUGAGCAGUUUGAGAGGGNAUUGGAAAAACAUGGGUGUCAUCCAAAUGCAGCGACUUUUAGAACUUUUAUGUAUGAUUUGUGUAGGAAUGUGCAGUUUGAGAGGAGGUAUAAGGUGUUUAAGGAGAGUGUCAAAGUGCAUAAGAUUCCGGAUUUUAAUACUCUGAAGUAUUUGGUGGAAGGGUUGGUGAAGAAGUCGAAAAUGAAGGAGGCAAAAGGGUUGAUUCGAACAGUGAAGAAGAAGUUCCCUCCUAAUGUUUUGAAGGCUUGGGAAAAGCUUGAACAGGAUCUUGGUUUGGCUAUUACUGAUUCUGAGGCCAAUUCUCGUGAGUCACAAGAUGCCAGGACAUGAUUAUUGGUUGAAAUUUUGGUAGCUGGAGUGAAAGGCAUCUGGGCAUCAGCAACUCUUGAGGCACUCCCUAAAAUUGAUUUUGGGUCCUCAUCUGCAUAUAGCAUUCAGCAGGGAUGUUAGUUCUUAGAGCUCAACUGUGAAAGCCAGAAGUGGAGCUCUUAGUGAUGUUCUUUGGAUGUUCCGAAAGAGGUUUCGUUCUGAUCUGGGUAUAUGACUUCAAAGGAUUUGGAGCAAUUGAAUUGGAGUCAGUUCAUCAAAAGUUCUUACAACGCUACAGCUUCUUCCCCUUCAGUUUUCGUAUCUAAUGAACCCUGUAAGGCAUGCCUGUUGUUCUAUCUCUGCAACAUCAGAAGGCCAGGCUACCCCGUACAAUGCACUCUUUGUUUUAUUGUGGCAUCACCACAAGAAGAGACUGGAUGUUGGAUCAAAGCAAACAAUGGGGGAGCAACGUGAGGAGUGUCGCAGCGGGGGGGUUGCCCCUUGAUUUUUAUGUAACCUGUUAAGGCUCCCAUUUUUCUUUUAAAUUUGUUUGGUGCCCGUGUUUUCUUUUUUCUUUUGGAUAAAUUAGUGGUUGACUGGCCUUGAAAUAAAUAUAUUAUUUUUGAAUUAAAUAAAA